CUGACAGCCGUCCCCCUCGCGCCAGAGCUUCAAAUGUACGCCAAAUUGCCUCUUGCUUCCGCGACCUCGUCGCCUGAGGAUUCAUGCUCGACUCGUGGGUCUCAGUGCCCGCAAUCUCGACAUCUCGACGGCGAGCGUCAUGUCGGUGACGAGCUUUUGCGUGUAAUCGAGGUGGCCACCAGAAAUCGUCCGCUCUUGACAGUUGAGGUGAAGAACGCUUGAGUGGGCCAUGUUUCGCAGGUUGAGAUUUGUGGAGUGUAAGCGCAAAAGUUCAUGUUAUGGAUCGCAAUGUUCGUAAUUUGAGAAGUGUGAGCCGGCGCAGUACGUGAAGGGAUUGGGACUGACACCAGGACAAUGCAACAUGAGGCCUCAGGGUAUAAGCAUAGUAAUUUCCAAACAUUCGCGAACAUAGCGGGACUAUCGAGAACGGCCCCGCCGGACGUUUUUAAGCAAUGUAGGCCUUCGGCGAUGAAUUGACGGAUGGAUUUGGGAUUUAGGAUUUAGGAUCUUUUCCUCAGGAUAGGCAGGUUUCUACCCUGCGUCGGCUUGAGCUCUGGAGCGGUCCCUCGGACACGGGCUUGCGAUGCACAAAUGAAGAAAAAGUUCUGGGGUGCGGAGCUGAAGGAAGUAGUUUCAGAACUGGAAAAGGAGUACGAUCAGUGUCAUACUUGCUGGCCGACGACAAUUUUCUCACAGGGGAGUCUCACGGAGCGGAAGUUUUUCUGUUGUUCGAAAGUUGUGAGAGCCGACAGUGAUACGAAGAUGACCAGUACGGAAGAAGACAGCGGCGUUUUUUCGGGUGUCCGAUUCUUGCUAGCCGGGUUUGAGCCAUCAUACGAGAAACAGUAUAUUGAAGAAUUGGAGGAGAACGGUGGCGAAAAUGCUGUUGAUUACCAGUCGAAUCCAACUCAUGUUAUUGUAUCGAAUUUGGCUUUCGACGAUCCCAUAUGUGCAGCUGCAAGGAAAGAUGGUAUUGCUCUGGUUACAGAUUCUUGGGUUCCAGACUGUCUGGAUAACGGUGCACUGGUUGACGUCAACAGCGUUUUGUACAGACCGCUCAAGGAUCUCGAUGGCAUUCCUGGUAGUGAGGAUCUAUGCAUAUGUCUUACAGGAUAUCAAGGCCAACAACGACAAAAAAUCAUGAGGAUGGUGGAACUGAUCGGUGCGAGAUUUACCAAGCCACUUCUUGGGAACCUAGUUACUCACCUCAUCUGCUACAAGUUUGAAGGUGAAAAAUAUGAUCUGGCCAAAAAGACAGGACUGAAGUUGAUCAACCACUAUUGGCUUGAAGACUGCUUGAAAGCGUGGUCAUUGCUUCCGGAGGCAGACUAUUCACGCAGUGGUUGGGAGGUGGAGACAGAUGCCAAGCAGCAGAAGAUCAUUGUGGAGAAGGACGAAGUGGUUCCCACCCUUGUGCCACAGAAGAUAAACCAACAAAGGGCGACGGACGAGGUUCUCUCCCCCGACCGAGUUGAGUUGUCAACUAACAGAAGAAGUAGCGGCAUUCUUGACAGCUCUAGCGCUAAAUCUUCAUCAAUGAAUGGCACUCCUUGCCGCAAUUCUCCUACUCCUAAGCCAUCCAGCUCACCGGACAAAGUGGGAGAGCAGGAGCGGCAAGACAUUGCUCAAGCUGAAGCUACUGUCAAACAAGCGGCUGAGCUACAGGUGUCCGCGUCAGAUAUGACGGAGACCAUGGACGGUAUAGAGCGCAGCAAUGCGCUUGAAGAUCCAGAUAUCUUCCACGAAGCUCUUAUGAUCGCUGACGGACGAGGCCAGACGAGCCCGGUGCACGCGAAAAAGACUAAUACUAGCCAUUCAAGACGAAGAUCUUCAGGUGGUGUGGCGAACCCUGUGUCUCCAGCAAGUCCAGGGAUUUGUGAAGCUGCUGUUGCAGCGGAUCAGAGUGCCAGCAUUGACUGUGCCAUAGAACGAAUGAGUAUCAGCCCGGACCUUCCUGCCAAGAGAAGGUUAAGCGGAAUACAGGGGCCUGAACCGUCAGCAGAAACCAGCAGAAACGCAGUGGACUUAGAAAGUCCUGAAAACAAGCGCAGAAAGGGCUCAAGAUUGAGUAGGAUGGGACUUUCUCCUCCGAUUAAAAACGAUUGUUCGACCAAGGUGCAGGAGAGUCCUAAGAGUGCACUGGUUACAAAGCAGAUCGCUUCACCCAGUGUUACUCCUCUACCCGACAAGCGGAAAGCUAACCAUGAGCGUUCGUCAAAUGAGGAGGAAACACAAAAUGGUGCUACUUCUAACUCCACUUCUCCUGAAGGCAUAAAUCGCGAAGAUGAUGUGGAUAUGGAAGUCGCCGAACCGUCUCGUCAUUCCACUCCAGGAAACAAGCGCAUCAAUGGAGGCUCCAAACUUCGGGCAGUAGAUGCGAGGAAGGUGCGUGAUUCUUCGGAUGGUCUUUUAAGCCCUCCCAAAUCUACCACGGAAGACCCUGUCGAACACGAAGUUGAUGAUGCAUUCAAGCACGCAGAUACAACGCUUAGUGCAGUUAAGACAGGGGGUAUCCAGCCGAGCUCACCUACAACCUCAUCUGCAGUCGAGAAGGAAGUUGACAUGGAGGAUGUCGAUCGAAGUCCCCGUUCUACACGCAACAGCAAAACGGCGGGUUUGAAGAAGAAGAGUAAUAUUCCCAAAGUUCGUAAGUCAGCUGACAAAAGCCCUGGUUUCAUACCAUCUGGUUCUACUACGGGGGAAACUGUCAAUAACUCUGCUAAUGGUACAACGCACGCAGAUGCAGUGCAGAAUGAGGGCUCUAGAAGAACUAUGGAACCAAGCCCUCCGAAGUCUUCUUCGGCAGCCGAAAGCAAAGAUGACAUGGACCUCGAUCGAAGUCCCUGUCCAACUCUCAAAACGAAAAAGGUGUCGGGGCAGAAGAAGGGUCCGGAUUCUAAAAUUCGCAAGUCGGUCGAUAGAAGCCAUGGCGUCGUGCCCCUUGAGGAGCAAGUCGAGGUGAGCCUGGCUAGCAGCUCGCCCAACGAAGGGACUCUAGUGAAGGAUUAUCGUGCCAGGAAGUCGUCCAAGAAAGCGCCCCAGGAAACAGGCUUACUAACCGCGUCCUCUGCGAUGGCGGGGGACAGCGGAGGCCUGGUCGAGCACAACGUGGACACAGGAGCGAUCGAACAUGAGAUCACACUCGAAGCGACUGCCGUGAAACAGUCGGCCAAGAAACAGAAGGGCUCUUCCAAAAAGGUACUCAAGGCGGCUUCAUUCGUCUUGCCUGAUGAAGGCAAUCAGGAGUCCCCGAAGGCUGUCCAGCAAGGGGCUGCCCUCGAGACUGCUUCCGCAGAAGAAGCCACCACGUCAGCGAUGAAGAUCCCUCUUUCCCGACCGAAGAAGCAUCAGAAAUCAUCUCCGAAGAGCAUUGCUGCCAUCUCCGCUGGGGAUAAGGGAGAAGGGAUCGCGAACGACGCACCACUGAAACUGAGUUCCCGGGAAAAGUCCACCAAGAUCCCAGCCCUGGGCUCCGUCUCCAAACAGGACGCACGUCGCGGGAAGAAACCCAAGGAGAAAUGUAAGAUGCCCUCUAACGAGCAAGAAAAGGAGAACAUCGAGCUCCAAGAGGGUAAUCACGAACUUGUACUCAAGGAAGUAGCAGCAAAAGAGUCGUCAAAGAAAGGAGCUCGUAUUUCUCUUUUAGGGGGCGCUUUACCCGGAACGAAGAAACAUUUUGCUGUUGGAGGUUCGACAGAUGAGAGGAAGAACUUGCACUAUAUCAUCAAACUCUUAGGGGCUAAGGUCUGUACGAAUCGGUAUCAGUGGAAAGAUGACAUAACACAUGUAGUUCUUCCAGUUCCACUUCGCCGCACCGAGAAAUUUUUGGCAGGAGCUGCCGCAGGAAGAUGGAUCCUCCAGCCUGAGUAUGUGGAGGCGAGUAGAAAAGCAGGAAUGUUCGUAGACGAGCAAAAGUAUGAGUGGUUCGGAGAGGGAAUGAAUGAGAAAGGCACAAUAAGUCUCCAGGCUCCAAGGAAGUGGAGGAUUCAGUUUGCCAGAACCGGAUGUGGUGCCUUUUACGGCCUACGUGUAGUGGUGUACGGUGGAUGCAUCUCUCCUCCUCUGGAAACCCUGAAGCGAGCAAUAAGAGCUGGUGGAGGUGCUGUCUUGGCAACGAGCCCACCUUAUUCUCAACACCUCAUGGACGGAGUGGACUUCGCCAUUAUUAACCCGGAAUGUAACGAUCAGGAUGAGCACGUUCAGGAAUUUCUGAGCCAUGAAGUUGCCUGCGUGACUUCUGACUAUAUUGUUGACUACAUCUGCCAUCCAGCUUCCUCUCGAGCGAAUCAUGUCCUCUAUGAUACCCACCUAGCCGUUUCAAGCGCCGAGCAACGACUAGAGAGCAACAUUGCACGGGGCCCUACUGAAGCCGACAAGUCUACAAAGCCCACCUCAAAAGUGCCCUCACGCCUCUCGAAGGAGGUCCGUGUCACAGACGACUUCGCCUGUGUUGUGUGCGGGAGAACAGAUGAUGAAAAGGUGAUGCUGUUGUGUGGAGACGGCAAGGGUAACGGUUGUGGCUUGGCCACUCACAUUCAUUGCUGCUCUCCGCCGCUUUUCGAGGUUCCUGAGGAGGAUUGGUUUUGUAGGAACUGUGAAGACUUGUAGAAGCCAUAUGUAGUUACAAUAUUUGCGGUUUAGACUUCAUAGAGCCUCUACCCCGGCUGCGAUUUACAUAGCCCUGCAGGAACCUUGAACACGUGAGAAUCUAGCUUGCAUAGAUUAGCUUCAGACCUGCGUUGUAUUGCCUCGCAUAGUUCGAUGUAAACUAUUGUCAUCAACAUCUAGUGGUAGGAAUAUAACCAGACUGUUAGGAAUUCUUCCAGUACGCAUUUUAGCUCUGGAUAUCUUUACUUUUCUGAGAUAGAGAAAUUGUACAGAACGAAGAUCGGCCUUCCUGUUCCAGUGAUCACCUGUACCUCCCGUGAUCUGGAAGUUUUCAUAGGACACAUAUAGAUUAAAUUCCCGACAGACUCGCAAGCUUCUUACAUGGUAACUAUCUUGCAAUCCAGGAGAAAUUUAUCCACACACCAUUCGAUGUGAUGUUCCGGUUGAGUUUGAAAAGGAUUGUCGUAAAAGGUAAUCGUAAAAAACAACGCUCGCACAAGACACCUGACUCUUGAAGAAUGUCACACAACUAUUGGAUUUCCCC